UCCGUCGUCUGUCAUAUGAUCUCCCUUGAACGAUUAACACACGAUGCACCAUCUCAAAGUUUAAAUGAUGUUACUGCUGAAUUGAAGAAAUGUCAUUUAUAAAUUUCUUAGAGGAUAAUGUCUGGGUUCCAAUAGUAGCUGGGGUUGUCCUUUUGAUUGCUGUAGUUGUUAUUAUUUAUUGCAUCUGCACCAGAUGUAGACGAUGUCAUCGUUUUGACUACACAGCAUUGAGGGAUGAACAGUCGCUACCACAGAAAAUCAGAUUUGAUAAGACUCAACAGGAAAAUAUUUUGAGAGAUGAAGCAUGGAUGAGUUGUCAGUUUUAUAUGAGAUCUAAUCCACAAUAUGAUUCAGUUCAAAGGAUGGAAAAUAUUGGUUCUAGAUUUGGUCGUCAUUGGUUUAGUGUCAAAGACAGCAUGAAUAAAGAACAAGUUCUAACAAUAACACAGUUGUGUUCUAACAUACCAAUACCAUUCAGUUCAUCAACAAGAAGAACAUUGAAAGAAUUGUUUUCAAUAUUAAAACAUCCAUACAUUUUCCCAACAACUGAUAUAGAUUUUGUGAUAGACCAGAAACUUAUUGUUGUUGUUCAGCCUGUAGCCAGCAGAGGGUCACUUAAAGAUUAUAUUUUCCAGAAACGCUAUUCGACAAGUUACCAAGAGAAAUAUUUCCAGAAAACUAAGGGAUUAAUAAAUACUCAAGUAAAACUCUUUGGAAGACAGAUUUUGGAGGCAUUACUUUUUUUAGACAGCAAAGGAUUUCCAACACAUGGGCAUUUAACGUCUAGUAAUGUUAUGAUGUCAGACGGAUGUUGCACGUUGGCUGCCAUAGAGAAUUCAUUCUUAGGAUAUACAUCAAAAUUGUAUCCACUCAUACAGAAAAAAGUUAGUAAACAAAUGGAUGCCAUAGACAGUGUCUCUUUUGGUCAUUUGUUUUAUGAGAUGUGUACUGGCAAACAACUACAGACAGCCCACCCAACACCAGGAGCCUUGUCUGAGUGUAAAAGUCCUGAUGCUGUUGAUGUUUUAAAUUAUAUAUUUGAAAAUAGAAGUGGAAAAUAUCCAUCAAUCAAAGAGAUUUCUGAGUUAGACUUUUUUUGUCAUGAGAAAUUAUUGGAGUUAGCCAAAUUUAAUCCAGCACCUAUCAGCUACUCACAACCCAUGAAGUCAUUACUGAAAACAGUAAAGAAAGGGCGACAGAUUUCAAAAAAGUCCUCCUUAAGAAAAACGACAUCCAUAGAAAAAAGUACCAAAGAUGCUAAAAUGCACUCAUCUUCAAAAUCUUUAUCCAAGUCUUCAGCUCAGCUCACAAAAGCUCCGCCUCCAUCCAAAGCUCCACCCCCUCCAUUAGCUCCACCUCCACCUCCACCACCUGCUAAAGGUCCACCACCACCACCAGCAGUGAAUGCUCCAGCAGCUACCAAAGAAAGAAGUGCACUUUUAGGAGAUAUCAGACACGGAAGGAAAUUGAAGAAGACCACAACUAAUGAUAGAAGUGCUCCAAAAGUUUAAAACUGUGCCAUUCUCAUAUCUGUUAGACAUUUUAUACAUGUUAGGUUAAUCAAAUUUUAUAAUGAUUCAAAAUACUUAAAAGGAAUAUUCCUAAAGGUACUCUCAAAAUUGUUGAAAACUAUUUGCAUAAGUUACUUUAUUGAUACUUGGAAAAACAAUUUGGCUCAUACAACUUUGUCAUCCUCUUGUUUUAGUAUUGCAUGUGUAAUAUGUAUAAAUUUUAUUGUAUAUCAGGUAUUUUACAAUAUGGAGUAAAAUUAAUGGAUAGCUACAGUAACAAAAGGGGAUCUAGGACAAAAGCCCUCAUAGGGUUUGUAUGGCUUUUAAAAGUAAUUAAAUGAAUGUAUUCUUCCUGAUGAUCUACAAUUAAAGACAAAUUGUUAAUAUUGUUGUAUCAAGUUAGCUUUGAAUUAACUAAUAAUAGUACCACACAAAAAAAAAUAAUGUUGUCUUUGCAAUGAAAGUAACAAAAGAAUGAAAAUAUUAGAUAAAAUGAAAAAAUAACUACACAAAGAAAAAUGAAUCUUAAAACAAACACUUAUUUACUACCGGUACAUGAAAUUCCUAAAAUACUGUCACUUUUAACAGGGGGCUUUUGUCCUGCUCCCAACAAAAUUAUGUUAAUAAGAAUAACAAUACAUGCUCAAAAGAAAAUUUUGAAAAUUAGCAAAUUAUAAUUACAGACUAUUUUAGGAGUUAUAGUCCUUACUUCCUUAAAAGGGAUUUGGGGGGAAACAAGGGGGUUUAUGUUUUCAAGCUAUCACCAUUCUAAUGAUUUUAAUGGAGAAUGUUCUAAAAGUCUGUGUACCUUUGUUUGUCGGAAAAGAACUUAUUGUGAUAUCAAAUAUUGUGCCAUUUAUUUAUUUUAAGCUUGUAUGGUGCUUCAGUAAUUAUGAUAUAUGUUUUGUUUAGUUUGUUUAUUAAAGUUUAUGAUUUGUUUGAAUUGAUGUAAUUGAUGUAGUUUUGUGUAGAAAAAUGAAUUGAUGAAAAGUUUUCAUAUAAUGCAAAAAAUUUAAAGGUUGAAUAUAUCAUUCUGUAUAAGAUGGAACUAUUUUUUUAUACUUUUUUUUAAUAAUUGUCAAAUUUUAGGUGAAAAAAGAAACUGUGUUACCCAGUCGAUUGAAAUACAGGGCCUGUAUCCCUGCUUUACUUAUAAGAAUUUGACAUUGCUCCUGUUUAAGAGAGCUUUCAGGAUCCUCUGGUUUUGUCCUGAUGAACACACACUUUUAAAGAUAUGAAGGCUGGAAUUUCAUUGGCUGAUAUAAUAAUUACCAGAACAGAAAGUAGAACAAAGUGUUGUCAGAUCCUUUAAAGCAAAGCCUGGACACAGGAUCCAUAUUUUGAUCAGAUUGUGUGUUACCUUUUACUAAAUUAAAUUUAUUUUUGUAUUACUUCCACAUAUGUUCCUUCAAAGUCAUAUGAAGCAAUGAUUAUCAAAGAGUAACACUUAUUAAAGUGGAUUCUAGUCUAUACCAUUCCUCCUGUUUGAGAUGAACUGUUUUGUGCAUGGAUAUAAAGCAACUACAAGAUGAAGAACCGCGAUUAUUUUCACAAAAAACCUAAUAUGUCAUAAACAUGUCAGUCUAAUUUGUGAUCCAUAUUUUUUUUAAAAACAACAGAAUCUACUCCUUUCAAGGAUGUUCGCUACUCUAUUUCAAAAUAAUAAGCUUUUUAAAAGACUGUUAUAAAUUGAAAGUAUAUAAAUAAAGGAACUUAAAAAGCAGAUAAAAAUGAAGGGUCCGUGUGCUUGUUUUUCGAGAUAUAAGCCAUUGAAAAUUUGGCGGGAAAUGAUUCUCUCUAGAUUUUUUAUACAUUUAACAUUGGCACCUUUUUUCUAUCUAAAAGUAUGAAAAAAUAACAAGGAUUUAAUAAGAUUUUCAAAGAUGGCAUUUUAAACUAUAUUUAAUCAGAUUAUGAAAAGAAAAGUAGGGGUUAGUGGGCAAAAUUUUUUAAUGGCACUACAUGGAUAAAACCAGAGGAUUCCGAAUAUCUUGCAAAAAUUCAAAAACAAGAGGAGCGAACAUCCUUAAUACUGAUGGCCAUAUCCUUUUAUUUCUUUCCAAAUGAGAAGGACAUCUCUUCAAAUAUACAGAAAAACUCAUAUUAAUACAAAAUUUCCCAUUGUACUUUAGAAGGACAAAGUGCUACAAGAUUUUAGUGAAUUAAAACAUUUUGUACAAAAAGUAUGAAUCAAUAUUAAUCUUUUUUUUAUAAAUACAGAGCCAAUAAGGGCAGAGUCUUGGUAGUUUGUUUUAGUUAUCAUCUACCUUAUCGAAAAAAAUUAUUACCAAAUCAAUAUGAAAUUUUUGAGGAAAGAACUGAAUGAGAUAUACACUCUCCCUGGAACCUUUGAAUUGAAAAUCUUUGUUUAGGCUCUAAAGUUUUUGUGACUAAAAUUCCAAAUUAUAUCAUAUAUUCAGUUAAGAUAGUUUUUCUCUUCUGUAGAAAUAAAUGCCAAAUUACACAAUUUUUCCCAUUUAACUUUUAUGUGUGACCUCUGCCCAGAGAUAGAACAAAAUCUCAAAUUAUUUGUCGAAGUUGCAAAAAUAAAUUUUAAAUUAUUUGAAUAAGUAAUUAGAAAUGAAGUUUCCUUUAUUUGAUCUAAUCUUAUUUUUAAACAGAAUAGUUUUACGUAAGAAAAUAUUCUUUAUAAAUAGCUAUAGGGAACAGUUAUAGCAACAUCUUUCAAGAUCUUCUUUUUUCCGGGUGGAGGGUAUUAUGAAGCAUGUUUUGCAAGAACACAAGAAUAUUUAAUAGUAUAUUUUAUUUUGAAAAAAUACAAUGAGAAUUCUUAGUCAAAAUUAGUAUACAGUUUGUGUGAUUAUUUGUCCUGUUACAGCAAAGUCCAGUUAUUUGUUCAUCAAUUUCAAUUGAUGGCAACUUUUGCAGCUGUAUUAUAUCUAUAGUAAGGUGUAUAAUCAUGCAGGUGCACACUUUAACAUUGCAUAUACAGAAUAGCAUUUUUGAUUUUGAUACUGACUUUAUCAGUAAGAAUAUCAAGCGUGCCCGUUAGAGCGAGCUGAUAUUCAAGUUGAUAAAGUCAGUAUCACAUAAGAAAAUGCCAUUAUUCUUUAUAUCAGCAAUUUGUCUUAACAAUAAGUUUUUUGGUUGUGAAUAUGAAACAAAAUGAAAUAGUUAGGAAAACUUAUUUUUAUGUGUACAAAAUGUUGUGAUAGUUGUUCGGUUGUAUGAAUUAAGUUGGGCCCAUUUCAGUCAUAAAUUGACGGAAAAGGACACAAACAUGUGAAGUUGCUGCAGUGUUACGUGAUGUCAUUUUUUAAUUAGGGCCCAGCCGAAUGGCAGACGCCCUAAAGUGAUCAGUCUGUCCGUCCGUCCGUCCGUCUGUAACAAAUCGUGUCCGCUCUAUAUCUAGAGAACCGUUAUGAUUUCAAAGUUUAUACUUGACAUGCAUAUUAACCAACACCAGAGGGUGUGUCAUAAUAUAAUGUACAAUUUCUUAGGUCAAAGGUCAAAGUCAAAAACUUUGGUUUUAGUUGACAACCCCAUGUCCUAUGAUAAAGAUUGUGUCCGCUCUAUAUCUUGAGAACCGUAAUGAUUUCAAAGUUUAUGCUUCAUAUGUAUAUAAACCAACACCAGACGGUGUGUCAUAAUUUAUGUACAACUUCCUAGGUCAAAGGUCAAGGUCAAAAACUUUGGUUUCAUUUGACAACCCCAUGUCAAAUGAUAAAGAUACAAAUUUUUUACCACACAUUAUUCACAGAGGAGCCACAGAGAUGGCUCCCAUCUCAAUGAUAUCUAGUUGUUUCAAGUCUCAAGUCCUAUCCAUGAUCUAAAAAAAUAUUGGGCAGUUGGAUCAAAGGGAUAAUGUACAAACUGCUGAUAAAUACUCAAGCCUAUUACUGUGCCAAGCACAUAACUGGGUCAAACACAAUACUGGGUACACAAGUUGUCUUGUAUAUGUAUAUUUUUGUAUACUAGUAUGUUGAAAUGUUGUGGUUGUAUUAUGCUGAUCUCAGCAAAACCAUUUAUCUUGAAAGUGGCCCAUUUUUUAAAAGCCUUUGUAAGAACUGAUAGCUUGAAAUUAAAAUUGUUCUGGAAUAAUUUGGGGGAAUCAAAGUUUUUAUAGACAUCUGAGCAAUUUUCAUUUCUAUGCUAGCAGUUUAUAAUAGGUCUUAUAAAAUAGACCUCCUGUAAGAAAAGUGGUCAGCCUUAGGAUUUUCUUUAGUAUUAGAAUCUGUGAUAUUUUACUGAAAAGUUGUGAAUGGUUCGACUGUCGUUCUCUGUUCUUUGUUUUGUUAAAAAAUGACAUGUUUGUUUUAAGAAUUUUUAUUAAAAUUAUGUAAAGAUAUAUUAAUUAUAUUUAAUAAAUUUAUUGAAGUUUUA